AUGGAGCCCAGUCAAUCACCGCGCGAGGCCUGGGAGCGUCUGAUGCGCGUUGUCCAACAGCGAGCGGGACAGAGUGGAGGAAGAAUGCCUGGCGGUGGAACUCCGCGCGGAAUCAUUGGUGGAGGAGCCGCGCUGGUGUUACUCGGUGGAUUGGCAUUAACGGCAAAUAAUGCUCUUUUCAACGUCGAUGGUGGUCACAGAGCUAUCAAGUAUACCAGACUUGGAGGUGUCAAGCAGGAGAUCUAUAGCGAAGGAACCCACUUCGUGAUCCCAUGGUUCGAAACCCCAAUAACCUACGACGUCCGCGCCAAACCCCGCAACGUCGCCUCCCUAACCGGCACAAAGGAUCUCCAAAUGGUGAACAUCACCUGUCGUGUCCUCUCCCGCCCUCGUGUCGAAGCCCUCCCAUUAAUCUACCGAACCCUCGGCGUCGACUACGACGAACGAGUCCUCCCAUCCAUCGUUAACGAAGUUCUAAAAUCCGUGGUUGCACAAUUUAACGCCAGUCAGUUGAUUACUCAGAGAGAGGCCGUUAGUAAACUUGUCAGGGAUAAUUUGGUCAAGAGAGCUGCGAGGUUUAAUAUCCUGUUGGACGACGUCAGUUUGACACAUUUGGCUUUCUCUCCGGAGUUUACUGCCGCUGUUGAGGCGAAGCAGGUUGCUCAGCAAGAGGCUCAGAGGGCGGCGUUCGUGGUUGAUAGGGCUAGACAGGAGAAGCAGGCUAUGGUUGUUAGAGCCCAGGGUGAGGCACGAUCCGCAGAGCUUAUCGGUGAGGCUAUCAAGAAAUCGAAGAGCUACGUCGAACUCAGGAAGAUUGAGAACGCCAAGACGAUAGCACAAUUGUUGAUGGAGGCAGGUGGCAGGAAUAAGGUCUACUUGGAAUCUGAGGGAUUAGGAUUGAACGUCUAUGGCGACAAGGAUAGCAAGGACGGAAAGAAAUAA